ACUUCAUCCUCCUGCCAACAUCUGCACAGCUGCAAUAGACAAAUAAAAAAAGAAAGAUUUCCUCAUUUAAAAAAAAUCUUGCAUCAGACCGGUAUGAUGAAGACGAUCUGGGGUCCGUGGCUGCUCUGCUUGGCCGCGAGCUUCCAAGCGGCCCACGCGGGUCCGGUCGUGCAGACCGGGAGGACGGAGGACAAGGCCGCGCCGGAGCAAGAGGUCAACGUGCUCAUGUUUGGUGUCAUACAGCUAAGCGAAUCCCUGAACUAUGUUUUUGAAACCACCGAGGCAAAGAUCGCCAAAAUACAUCAAACUUUGAGGAGCCACGAGGGGACUCUCCAAAAUCUGGGGAGGGAGACCGAGCACGCUGCCCGCGUGGAGAAACAGAUGAAAGAGGUGAUACAGCUGCUUCAGAACCAGAUGGCCGAGCAACGGGCUCAGACCAAGAUGACUAGAGACUGCCUGGCCAGCUUGGAGCAGGAAGAGGCGGAGCUGAAAACCAAAGUGCAGAAGUUGGAGAUGUAUCUCCACUCCAACAUGAGCAUCAAAGGGCUGCAGGAAAGAGCAAAGGAGCAAGCCAAACUCUUGAAAGGUUUACAGCAUUUGACCCAGUACCAAAAAGAGAAUAUUGAGACUCAGAAUAAGAAGCUCUCCCAACUCCAGAAGAUGAGUGAAACUAUGUCAUAGUUUUACUAUUCUCCCGGAUUUCAUCUGUAUAAAGUCACUGCACUCCCUUCCAACCCCACGAUGACUGCUAUAAAACUACUACACGGACAGAAAAUAUAUUUUUAGUAGUCUUAUGUUUUUGUCCUUGUGGCUGUCAACAAUUUUAUGCCUUUUGUUUAUCUUGACUUUGAAAUACAAGUAAAGAACUUUUUAGAGAGCCAUUUAAAUAAAGCUGUUAAAUUAUUAAA